GGCGGUGAAAAAUCGCCCAAAUGAGACUGGAGAGAAAUGCCGAGUCGUAGUACGUCGUGCACUAAAAGUGGGUGUGUAUUUUAAGAGGGAGACCGAUCCCAUCACCAAUGCAGUUUUGGUCCUAUUUCUCUGUUUCCAGCGGGUCGUUGCCUGGCAGGUCUCUCUAUUUUAAGACACACUCUUAAUUGACCAAAAGCACCAAACCGGCCAAGCGGCCAAGCCAAACAUUUUUGCUUCCAGCAUUGGAGAGACAGUGGUUGUUAUAUGAGAGCAACAUCCGGAAGCACGUCCCUGGUUCUGCAACAAGUUGGGUUUCCGUGGCAAAUUGGCAGCUCAAGCAGUUCCUGCUGCAGAUGGAGGUGAUUCUCAAGCAGGCGGCCUUUGCCAAGCAGAAGGGGCUUUUCAAAGCAGGGCUCGCUGGGGAUGUCUUGUGGAACCUCAUUUCGCCGACAAAGGGAAAGCAGCCUCUGCUCACGGAGGUCUCCUCAGUGGAUUUCUUCGUGAGCCACUCAUGGUCUUGCCCCUCCUGGAUGAAGGUUUUGGCCAUUUGCUACCACCUGAAUCUGGAUUUGGCAAUUGCGCUUUCUAGCCUCGCUUGCUUUCUUGGUUUAUUGGCCCUGCGAAUCUAUGCUGGCAGCCUCAGUCGGGUUGCCUCAGUUGGGGAAGGUUGGCUCUACGGCACACUGAUGUGUUCUCCGAUGGCUGUUUUCCUCUUGAUCUUCUUCCUGGGACACCUGCGAAAUGGGCAAACGUUUUGGUUCGACCGGAUAUGCAUCUCAGAGGGCAACCAGAUUGAGAAGGCCGACACGAUCCGAGCUAUUCCAGCCUUUGUGUGUCACUCCAAGCAGAUGCUGGUCUUAUGGGAUGAGACCUAUCUUGAGAGAUUGUGGUGCAACUACGAGAUGGCGGUAUUUGCUCAGACCUCCGCGACACACGAGACCAUUUUCCUACCAAUGUGGGCUCCCUUGUGGACCUUGUCAACCAUCAUUGCCAUUUUCCUCCUGGUCUUCAGCUAUCUGGACACCUUGCCUCCACACUUGGACAUUGACAGUGACGUCUCACUCUUUUUCUCCUGGUUCAAGUGCGCCAAUGUGCCCUUCGAUGCCUGUGCCAUGGCUGCCAUCCCCAUGAGUUGGUUCUGUUUCCACAAGCUGCAUGGUCACGAGCUCAUGUUGGACCAGAUGUCGACCUUUGACCUUAUGAAAGCGAAGUGCACUUUGGAGACGGACCGCUUGGCGAUGGAGCGCUCAGUGCUCAAGCUCUUCGACCGCCCGCGCGGACAGAAGUCGGAAGUCGGACGCAGCGCAAAGUCCGAGGAGGACGCGGAGGGGCGUUCCGUGGAGAUGGUGCCGAGCACAAGGACAGCGCUCGACGAGUUGGACAUGGUUCCGUUGAGGUCGGAGCGGUGCACCAUCCUCGAACGCUUCAACUCCUAUGUGCGGGGCCCCUUGCGGGACCAUGUGGUCAACCUGAUGGGCAAGGAGAUCGACGUGCCCUUGAAGUUGUGCUUGACGGUGGCCCUGCCCAACUGGUGGUGCGGACUCGUCACUGUUUUGAGCUGUGAUCGGCGUUCGGAUUGUGAGCUUUCAGCCUCAAUGGAAGGCUAUCGUUCUGUCUCAGAAUACAUGCUCACGAACGCCGGCUUGAACCUGGUGAUUUCGCCCCUGAUGGGCAUUUUGUAUUUUCCCCUAGCCUUGAGGACCACUCGUUUGGUGGCCGGUCUGGUGCGAGGACCGGUGGGGCGGAUGGUGGCUGGAUCCUUGGCCGCCGCCUUGAUGUUGAGUUUGGUGAACAGCCUUCAAGCAGUUGGCAUGGCCAGUUUGGCUGUCCUGGUGGUUUACCCGUCUUGGUGGAUUUUCUCGAGCUUCAUGGCAGGUGUGGCUGCUUUGGCAUUGCUCCUGUGGCAUACAUUUCUCAGGAGCACCGGAGAUGGCUCAUUUGCAGAGGACGACAACGAAAGCGAGUCUGAAGUACUCAGCGAUACUUUUCCGAUCUAAAAAUGGUGCGGAUUUUUUGUGCGUGGGCCGUCGUGCGAUUCGCGAGCGAAGGUGUAUUUG